ACAAAAAUAAUAAGGAGACCAUGAAGCUUGAAAUUGACAUAAUCUCAGAAGAUUUAAUCAAACCUGCUACUCCCACGCCUCCCCAUCUCCGCCGUUACCCCCUUUCCUUCAUCGAUCAAAUCACCGUUCACAUUUAUGCUCCCGCCCUCUACUUCUACCAACCCAACCGCGCCGGAGAUCCUGAUUUCGCCAUCGAUUUCCGGAACCGCCUCCGGAGCACUCUCUCCGUCGUCCUCUCCCACUACCCUCCACUCGCCGGCCGCCCAAACUACGACUCCGCCUUUGUCGACUGCAAUGACACGGGGGCCUUGUUUCGGGAAGCGCGAGUGAAUACAAAACUCGCUGACGUGGUGGAAUAUGCUCGCCCGGACGAUCUGAACCGGCUGUUCCCGGUCGAGUUGGACCAGUUCAAUGAAGAGCUGAUGGCGGUUCAGUUCACGGAGUUUGCGUGCGGUGGAGUGGCGGUGGCGUCGUGCAUUUCUCACAAGAUUGCGGAUGCGAUGACGCUGUUUUCGCUGAAUAAUAACUGGGCGGCGAUGGCGCGUGGAGUGAAGGGGGUUUUCAAACCGCAUAUGGAAGGGGCUAAGUUGUUUCCGGCGAAAACGAUGACGUAUGAUACGGCGAAGACGAUUCUGAGAAACAGAGUGGCGAGGAGGUUCGUGUUUGAGGGUUCGAAAGUGGAGGCGAUUCGCGAGAAAUACGGAGAGAAUGGCGCUGCGCACCGACCUUCACGAGUCGAGUCAUUAACGGCUUUUAUGUACGGACGGUUUCUUGCGGCUCUUAAAGAUGGGUCUUCUUCUCAAGUUCCGAGCGACAGGACAUGUCUAGUGAACUACACAGUGAAUCUGCGGUCAAAAAUGGAGCCGCCACUUCCGGGCGACGCCUUCGGGAACUACUAUUUCAACGCGAUGAUCUUCCCGUCCCCGGACAUUCUGAACGACCCGUACUGCUACGGUCUAGUGGACCGGCUGAGAGAAGAAACCAACAAGCUGAACGCCCAGACAGUGAAGUACAUUCUGAAUGAAGACCAGAGUCUGAUGGAGAGCGUGGAGGAGAUUGCUUCUAAGUUCGUGAAGGGAGAGAUGAUUUCGUGUGCGUUCACUAGCAUCUGCCGGUUUCCCCUUUAUGACGUGGAUUUCGGGUGGGGCCGCCCUGUGUGGGUGACUUUUCCGGCGCUGUGGUUCAAGAAUCUGGUGACGUUUUUGGAUUCCAAAGAGGACGGCGGCAUUGAUGCGAUUGUUCACCUUGAGGAACCCCACAUGAAGAAGCUCGAAGCUGAUCAACUCUUCCUUCAAUAUGCUACUCCAACUCCUACUGCCCCGCCCACCCCAUAAAUCAAACUACCCUUUUCUUUCUUCUCCCAAUCUUUAUUUCCCUGUAUAAGUCUUCUAAUCUAUCUCCAACUCUGUUUCUUAAAUAAGAA